GAAAUCUAAUAAAUACUAAUAGACUUGUAGAGAGAGAAACUAGAGAGAGGUGGCCGGGAAAUGGAAUUCUAGUGGCCGGCGGUGCCGGGGUUAUAGCUUCGAGGUCGAUUGAAUUAUCUAACUGAACUGAGUCAGCUCUCGGAGAAGCCAUGGGAAUCGCCGACCGCCGCAAGCCGUCAUCGGAGGGGAAGCUCUGGCGGCUCUGUCCGUUUUGGCAAUCAGGGAACGGUUCGCCGUCGUCGUCGUCGACUCAAAACUUUCAGCAGCAUAAAAUCAGGGGCCGCCGCCACGUGGACGACACGGAUACGCGGUCGUCUCCGAGCAAGGUCUCGUCGGUGGCGAGAUCAUUUCUUCCAACUCGCCGGAGGCUCAGGCUUGAUCCGGCGAACAAUCUCUACUUUCCUUAUGAACCUGGAAAACAGGUCAAGAGCGCCGUCAGGAUGAAAAACACUAGCAGGUCUCACGUAGCCUUCAAGUUCCAAACUACCGCACCUAAGAGCUGUUACAUGCGCCCUCCUGGCGGCAUUCUUGCUCCUGGGGAAAGCAUUAUUGCAACUGUUUUCAAGUUCAUGGAGCAUCCUGAGAACAAUGAGAAAAAUGAGAAACAACUUGAUCAGAAGAGCAAUGUUAAGUUUAAGAUAAUGAGCUUGAAGGUGAAAGCAGGAAUGGACUAUGUACCUGAACUGUUUGAUGAGCAAAAGGAGAAAGUAUCUGUUGAGCGAAUUUUGCAUGUUGUCUUCUUAGAUGUGGAGCGCCCUAGUCCUGCAUUGGAAAAACUAAAGCGUCAGUUGGCUGAAGCUGAGGCUGCGGUUGAAGCACGCAAGAAACCUCCACCAGAGAUAGGUCCCCGUGUUAUUGGUGAAGGUCUAGUCAUAGAUGAAUGGAAAGAGCGCAGAGAGAAAUAUCUGGCUCAGCAACAGGUUGAAGCUGUAGACUCGGUGUAAAUCGCAGUUUGCUCUGUUGUAAGUGCUUUUGCUAGAGUGGAAAGUUUGUCACAUUCUCUACCAGGCCUACCCUUGUCUUUGUGUUUAUUGUAGAAGAUGGGGGAGGCUGGGGUAAGGAGACCUUGUGUUUCGGGAUACAUGUAAAGAACAAUAAUGUGCUUUGAUGUCAUUAUUUGUGAGAUGAAUCAUGUGGAGAGCAUAGUUCCUCAUCUUCAGCCACCCCUCCUUGUAGAUAAUGGAAUUUUCUUUUCUAUGAGAACAACAUAAUUAUGACACCCAAAGCAUAAACUUAAUUGCUAUACAGCUGGGUUUAGAUUC